AUGGCAGUGAUGCAGGAGCUGUAUAUCACGCCAGCCUCCGGGCUGAACUCCUUCGUGACUCUGCAGCUGCAGUCCUGCCGGGAGUGGAAGGAAGAGGUGCUGGAGGUGGUGCAGACCGUCGAACAGUUCCUGAGGCAGGAGCGCUUCCAGGGGGAGCAAGGGCUGGACCGGGAGGUGCGGGUGCUGAAGGUAGUCAAGCUGGGCUCCUUAGGGAACGGCACUGUUCUCAGAAGCACCAGGGAAUUUGAGCUGGUGGUGUUCCUCAGCUGUUUCUGUAGCUUCCAGGAGGAGGCCAGGUACCAUGAAGCCAUUCUGAGCAUGAUGUCGGAAAAAGUGUGGUGUUGCCAGGACCUGCAGCAGCUCGGGCUUCAGGAUCUGAGGGUGUCCAAGGGAGUCCCUCAUGCUCUUGUCUUCACCAUCCAGACCAAGGUGACAAUGGAACCCAUCACUGUCAGCAUUGUGCCUGCCUACAGAGUCCUGGGGCCUUCUGUCCCCACAUCUCAGCUACCACCUGAGGUCUAUGUGAGUCUGAUUGAGGCCUGUGGUGGUCCUGGAAAUUUCUCCCCAUCCUUCGGCGAGCUGCAGAGGAACUUUGUGAAAUACCGGCCAACUAAGCUGAAAAGCCUCCUGCGCCUGGUUAAACACUGGUACCAGCAGUACGUAAAAGACAGAUGCCCCAGGGCCAAUCUGCCCCCUAUCUAUGCUCUUGAGCUGCUGACAAUCUAUGCCUGGGAAAUGGGUACUCAGGAGGAAGAGAACUUCAUGUUGGAUGAAGGUCUCACCACUGUGAUGGAACUGCUCCGGGAGUAUAAAUUCAUCUGCAUCUACUGGACCAAGCACUAUACAUUUCAGAAUCCAGUCAUCGAGGACUGUGUCAGGAAACAGCUCAAAAAAAAGAGGCCCAUCAUCCUGGAUCCAGUUGACCCCACCCACAACGUGGCAGAAAAGUACAGAUGGGACAUAGUUGCUCAGAGGGCCCGCCAAUGCCUGAAACAGGACUGUUGCUACAACAAUGGAGAGCCAGUCCCCAGCUGGAAAGUGAAGGGGGCACGAGACAUCCAGGUGACAGUGCAGCAGCGGGGCUACCCAGAUUUGACCCUCUGGGUGAACCCUUAUGAGUCCAUAAAGAAGCUUAAGGAGAAAAUCUGGGACAGCCAGCAUUACUGCAGCCUGCAGCGCCUGUCCUUUCAGUCACCUGGUAGCGACAGACAGCUCCUCAAAAGCCAAUGCUACUUGUCUGAUUACGGGUUCUUCUCUGACACCCACAUCUAUCUGCUGGAGACAGUGCCCCCCGAGAUCCAGGUGUUUGUGAAGAAUCCUGAUGGCAGGACCCACGCCUAUGCCAUCAACCCCAGACGUUUCAUCCUGGACCUGAAGCAGCAGAUUGAAGACCACCAAAGGCUGCCUAAAGAGCAGCAAGAACUGCUGUUCCAAGGCCAAGUCCUACAGGACUGGCUGGAUCUGGAAGUCUAUGGCAUUCAAGACAGCAACACCCUUGUCCUCUCCAAGAAGUAAAAGGCUUUCUUUCCAGUCAGCUAGUUUCCUGAGGAAACUUCUCUGUUCAUUUCUGCCAGAAUUCAUUUAUCUCAUCAAUGAUCCUUCCUUCUAGUUCUCUUUUUUUUUUUUUUUUGUAGUUUUUGGCCGGGCCGGGUUUGAACCCGCCACCUCCAGUAUAUGGGGCCUGCGCCCUACUCCUUUGAGUCACAGGCACCGCCCUCCUUCUAGUUCUUUUCUGGGGAGGGCCCAGGUCAUCACUAGUUUUAUAAAUAGUUAUCCUAGCCCUGCCAGUAGGGGAACAAGCAGAGGUAUGAGAGACUUAAUGUGCAAUGGACAAUGGCCAGACCACAUGUGACAAUAAAACCCAUAACUGGGCGGCGCCUGUGGCUCAGUGAGUAGGGCGCCAGCCCCAUAUGCCGAGGGUGGCGGGUUCAAACCCAGCCCCGGCCAAACUGCAAAACCCAAAAAUAGCCAGGCGUUGUGGCACGCGCCUGUAGUCCCAGCUGCUUGGGAGGCUGAGGCAAGAGAAUCGCGUAAGCCCAAGAGUUAGAGGUUGCUGUGAGCCGUGUGACACCAUGGCACUCCACCCGAGGGCGGUACAGUAAGACUCUGUCUCUACAAAAAAAUAAAUAAAUAAAACCGAUAACUCUCUGAAGCAACCAACCCCAAACUGUCAGGUCUUGGUCAAUAACUGCCAGCUUCUCUAAUUCCACCCCCCACCCAUCCCUAUCCUGCUUCCAAUUUAGGACCAAUGAGAGAAAGCCAAAUAAGCUCCCCAAACCACUCACAUCCUUAGCACAGCUCCUAGUUAGCAUGCUAACAGCUUCUCCAUAACAAAAACCUUUAUCAUGGUAUACCUGAAGCCUUCCCUAUCUUCUGCUAGAAAGGUUUCCCCAUUCAGUAUUUCUUUGAGGCAAGAGAUGGUGGCUGGUUCCUUUGCCAUAGCAAGUUGAGAAUAAACAGCCUUUGUUGUGGCCAGGUUCACCCCAGCACUCAGCCCAAAGAAGGAUUGCUUGAGGCUAGAAAUUUGAGGCCAGCCUGGGUAAUAUAGCAUAAACCCAGUCUCUACAAGAAAAAAAAAUUUUUUUUUGAGACAGAGUCUCGCUAUGUUGCCCUAGGUAGAGUGCUGUAGCGUCACAGCUCACGGCAACCUCAAACUCUUGGGUUUAAGCGAUUCUCUUGCCUCAGCCUCCCAAGUAGCUGGGACUACAGGCACCUGCCACAAUGCCUGGCUAUUUUUCUGUUGCAGUUGUCAUUGUUGCUUAGCUAGCGGGACUGGGUUCGAAUCCGCCAGCCUCGGUGCACGUGGCCAGCGCCAUAACCACUGUGCUACGGGCGCUGAGCCAAGAAAAAAAUUUUUUUAAAUAGCCAGGCAUUUGUGGCACAUGCCUGUAGCCCCAGCUACUCAGAAGGUUGAGCAAGAGUUAAAAGAGUUCCAGAAGAGUUCAAGGCUGCACUGACCCAUGAUCACACACCAUUGUACUCCAACCUCCAGCAUGGGUGACAGAGUGAAAUCCUGUUCUGUCAAAAAAAACUCUUUCUUUGUUCUCAUUUUGGUGCUCUCUGUGUUAAUUUCCACAGGUGCUAGUGGUUAUUUCUAAAUCAUUUGAAUUUCUCAAUUCUGGGAAAUGAGGACUAAGGGGAAACUGAGACAAAAAGAGGCAAAGUCUGGGAGAUUGAGGAUGCAGUAUAAAAAUUUCCCUCAGCUCCUGAAACACACACAAACAGUACAUGAUAGUCCAGAGUCUUUAGGAAAACAAUAGGAUCUUUAUUAUCAAAGGACAUCAUAUAAUCAGGUUUACUCCAAUCGACCAAUAAAAAGUUUACUAUUGCCCUGCUUUCUGAUGGACUACUAUUGAAAUUCCUUGCAAUUCCCAAAUAAA